GGUGAGGCGCCUGCGCGGGCCGUGCUCGGGCUAGGCCUCGCCGCCUGGCGUCUCCUGCCUCGCUUCCCAGCGGCCGCCAUGGACGGCGACCGAAGCCCGGACUUCGUGCUCCGCUACCUGGCGGAGGUGGAGGCGCUGGCCGAGGAGGUGCUGGCGGGGAGGCAGCAGAUUGUGGCCCUGGAUCAGAAACGGAAUCAGAACCGGGAAGCGCUCAGAGCUCUGAGCAAGGAACUGGCUGGCUCAGAAAAAGUUAUGGUGUGCUUCGGGAGCAUGUUCGUGCAGCUUCCAAACGCGAAGACCAAGGAGAUGCUGCAGAAAGAUCAAGCGCUCUUAAAUGAAGAAAUCGCCAGCCUGCGGGAAGAGCUCAAAGCGAAGGUCAGCCGUCUCCUGGAAGCUCAAGGUCAACCGGAGCUGAAAGGCUACAAUCUGAAGCCCCUGGGCAGCGAGGAGAUGUGGUUUAUUAAAAAAGUGCUGGACGGCUGAAGCCGUCUCCCCGUGGCUGCUCCCUGGAGAAUACAGUCCAAAGAGAAUUGCUGGCAGCGCAAAAGGGAGCGCCAUUCACAGACACGCACCGGAUGCAGGAGGCGCUCUGAGCCGUUUAGCAUCGGGCACCUUUUCUGGAAAGGACCUGGCAGAUUUGCACAGAGAAGACCACUCAGAUGUCCGCCUUCAGCUUGCGGGGCACACAUCAGCCACAGGGGCAGGUUCCAGUUUUGCAAUCGCGGUUCGAUUAGCCGUCGAAUGAGGGGGACGGACGUGGGUGGGUGGAGUUAUCGGGCUAGCCCUGGGAGCCCUCGCUGCACCGGGACACCAGCGUUAUCACCUGAACGUGUGGCGUUGUGGCAGAUUAAAUCACGUGCACAUCUGAAAA